GGCAAAGAUGGCCAGCAGGGAGAGGGCAUUUUAUGUCAUUCGUCUUAGAGAAGAAAAUUUCCAGGUUCUAUCAUAAACUAUUGCCAACGAGUAAUUUGUCUCAACUUCGAUUUGGCGACAACAAAGCUUUCGGCAGAUAAUGAAUUUGCAUAGUAUAUUCCUAAUAGCACAUCUGACUCCUAAACGAACGAUGAAAAUUUACCAUGUACGAAAGAAGACUGGAACCUAAUUGUGCGUCUUCUUCUACAUGUGAAAUACUGGAAUAUGCAACUUUGCAUCGUAGCCAGCGCCAACGUUUAUCACGUCGUUCCCAAAAAUAUGACUGCAGCGUCCAUGUGUUACGUACCUAAUUGACUUUACGUGCUUUGCUGAAAUAAUUUACUUGACAGAAAUCUGCAGAUAAACCGUCUAGCACAACUGGGUUGAUACAGGCCAAUAGAAAAAGACGGCAUACAAAAGGCUGAUACGGAGAAGGACAUGUUUUAUUUUCCUUUCAUUACAUGCUCGAUAGAUGUGGGACGACGUUUCUUUUAACAGCUGCAUUUCUAUAACAAGGGAAAAUUGUCUUGAGAACCGACCAGUAGUUCUAUGGUAGAGGCAUAAUUUAGUUAAAUACUUUUGCUUUAAUUUAGCACACGCUUUCAACUCUGUUGAUUUUGUUGAAAAUAUGUAGAAAAACCCGUCGGUGCAAACUACAGGUUUUUUUUGAAGGACGGCUUUCCGGCUCUGUUAUUCGCAUAGAACUAAGGUAACGCUGUCAGAUAAAGUGCUGCUAUUAACUAAGCUCUUUAGUUUUUAUAGCUACUUUUAAACGCCGUAGGCCUAAAUAACGGCAUAUAAUAGCUUUGACCCUCUCCACAAACUGACCGUAAACGUUUAGGUACUUCAUAUAAUUAGAACAGAUUUAGAUAUAGAAUGAUAUAAUAUUCGAUAUCGAACCAAUAAAUUCAUAUUCGUUCUAAAAAACGGGUUAGUCUCGUGGAGAGCGUGGCGCUUAAAACUCGAAUUUGUUCGAAAUAAACACGAAUUGGCAGGAGCCAGCCGUCUGAUGGAAUGCCUAACGACUUAAAUCUCGAAAUAAAUACAUCGUGUGGCCGCGUUCAAAAUAAAGCCCUGAGAUAUAUCUGGAAACAAAUUGAAAAGGAUUGGGCUUCCGCUUACAAGACACUUAAGGCGCAAAGCCCAUUGAAAUGUUCUACUAAAAAGGACGUAUACGGCUUUAACUUCGGCAUUAUAUUACGACUGAAUUUAACGGUUCUGAACCGUGGGUUUACCAGGUGGAUGCUAUUACCUUAUGUGAAUACGGUAUUCUAAGCUUAACUAUUUUACUAGUUACAGAGUUAACCUGCUGUACAUCGCUAGUAGUUCAUCUCCGCUCGUACCUUACAGAUGAAUCAAUCUUUCUAUUAUCAGUCGCAUUGCCCAUGCUGGUUUUACUGCAGAGAGAAUAAAUGGCGCUGCCAAAGCACUAUUAAUAUCGAGUUCAAAAUGACCGCUGACUAUAGGCAUUGGGAAACUCUUAGUGUCAAUAUCGUCAGAAGGUCGAAACGACAACGAGGGUGACCGUACGAAACCCCCAGUGUAAAGCAAUAGUUGCGGAUGCAGUUUUUUUUUGCACCGUCUAUAAGCAAGUGUUCUUUGUCGGCGCGAAGCAACUAGACCACACAUUGCACCAGCCUUCAGAAAAACACCGUGCGCAAACCGACAACAUCAUCAUUGGCCCGCGUCAUCUGGCCACCAUCAACAGCAACGAUAUGUCUGCUGCUGCUGGUGUAUAGCCCUCUCCACUUGGCCGUUAUCCGCACGCAUUCCCUUUCUCUCGACGACGGGCCCGCCUCACCCGAGUUACGGCGAACCCUUUGGCUGAAGAAGAAUACAAAAGCCCUGUUUCGACCCAUCGCUGGCAGGCCUAACGCCAAACAGCUUGCGAUUAACAUCGUUUAAGCGAACCCUCCUGACCAGAAUCUCAGAAAAAAGCUUUGGGCGCCAUAGUUCUACUACAUCCUAAUUAGCUAUUUCAUUCUCGUACUCAGCAACGUUUUCGUUUCAAUUUCACUUAUCAGUAGCUUUCUUCCGUCUGACUGAUUAACUGUCGUUUGAUCUUAUUGCUAGAGUCACCGGCGAGUGAAAAACCCAUUCGUCUUUCUCAGCCAUAUUGAAAAAAUCCGAGUGAGUUCAAAUUCAUGCUUCGAGUUUUACGUCUAGUACUGCCUUGAAGCACGACGCGAAGUUUGUCUACGCAGCAUUAGACAGAGUGAGUGUAAUCCCGACGCUGCCACUAGUGAAGCAUCACUUCGUUCGUUCUAAACGAACGCACAAAACGGUGGUAGCUCCUAUCGACAAGCAUUAACGUUGUCUACUUGUGUUGCACUUGUCCGGUUGUGAUUAUGCCCAUGAGUGUUGGAAUCGCUAAUUUUACCCCUAUUAACGUUUUUUUUGCGAGCUCGUCCAACCUCGAUAAUAAUAACAACAACAACAGUUUGAACAGCGUGAACAGUGAAUUAUCUAAGAACAAUCUGUGCUCGAAAAAUUCGAAAGAACUAAAGAGUGAGAACUGACAACGCUUUCAUAGUUAGCGGUGUAUAAAUGCAGCUAUCUAAUUGUGCACAGCAUCAACGAAAAUUACAAAAUCAUCACUACUACCAGCGCCAACGAUAGUAACAACAGAGACUUCGUGCGUACGUGACGAGUAUUUCGCCUCGCUUCUGCUCUUCGGCGGCCAUAGAAAGUCCAUUCAAACAUAACAGCUGUUUUUAGCAGUAAUUAUUUUCGUAUUUUGCUUUAUUUUUUUCUAAAAACGAAGCGCAAUGGCUGGAAAUUCCAAUAAUCUAUCGCCAUCUAAUUUGAGCUCGUCACCUUCGAGCGGGAGCCUGUGUGGAUCAAGCCAUCAACAGCAUCGGAUAUCACUUGACACGUCCUAUAUUCGUAAAAAGCUUAUUCUCAACGACGAUUGUAUGGUUAGCCCACGUAAUCCAGGCGAUGCCAAAGAGUCAAAAGUGUUGGUUCUGUACUCCGGAGGUACCAUCGGAAUGAUCAAAAACAAAAAUGGUGUCCUUGCACCAGAGCCUGCCAUGAUGGAGAAGAAACUUCGAACGUAUCCUCAGCUUCAUGAUAGCGAGUACGCUGAGAAGAUGUUUCCCAACGUCGACUGUCCACCGCUCGUGCUGCCUGAUACCGGUGACAAUUUCCGUGUCGUGUACACGGUCUACGAGUAUCAACCCCUGCUUGAUUCGUCGAACAUGACUAUGGAUGACUGGAUCCGAAUUUCGUUAGAUGUACAGCACUUUUACAUGAGCUUCGAUGGCUUCGUAAUUCUUCACGGAACUGACACUAUGUCGUAUACUGCAUCAGCCCUAAGCUUUAUGUUAGAGAACCUCGGAAAGAGUGUGAUCAUCACGGGAUCGCAGAUUCCUCUGUUCGAGCCAAGAAGUGAUGGUCGGGAGAACCUUCUAAAUGCGUUGAUCAUCGCCGGAAAUUACAUCAUACCCGAAGUGACACUACUCUUCAACAACAAGCUCUUCAGGGGUAAUCGAACUACCAAACAUUCUGCAUCCAACAUGGACGCUUUCGGCAGUCCCAAUCUGCCGCCUCUGGCGACAAUAGGUAUCAAGAUUAACGUCGACUGGAAGGCCGUGGUGGUACCUGCAUCGAUCGAUAAAUUCCGAGUGCACUCGACAUUAAGCCGAAAUGUCGGACUUCUUCGUCUCUUCCCAUCCAUCACCGUUGAAGUGGUGCGAGCGUUUUUGACACCGCCAAUUGAGGGUGUCAUCCUGCAGACCUAUGGAGCGGGAAACGGACCGACAGCGCGCAAAGAUCUCCUAGACGAAAUUCGCCGAGCGACUAUGCGCGGUGUGAUCAUCGUCAACUGCUCACAAUGUCCAAACGGGCGUGUCGAGGGUGUGUAUGAGACGGGUAAUGCUCUGGUGGAAGCGGGAGUUGUUCCAGGCUCUGACAUGACUCCUGAAGCUGCCCUAUCUAAGCUCGGUUACAUUCUCAGCAAAAAAGAAUGGUCCCUUGCCACCAAAAAGGAGAUGAUGCAAACAAAUCUGAGAGGGGAGCUGACGGUCGUCAAAGAGACCCAAGGAGACUUGGACCUAAUUACGGCAAUUGCCAAAACUAUGAACAUCUCGUCAUCAGAGGAGCUUGAAGCGCUCAAGACAACCUUAUUGCCUUCAAUCCUCUGCAACGUCGCUGCUAAGGGUGACUGUGAACGUCUUGAAGUGAUGAGACAGUUUGGAGCAUACCUUUCGGCAUGUGACUACGAUUACCGGACACCGCUCCAUAUUGCUGCUUCAGAAGGGAAUGCCCCUGUGGUGGAAUACCUUUUAAAACAGGGCGCUUCUGUCCAUAUGCGCGAUCGGGACCGCAGAACGCCUCUGCUCGUAGCGAUAGAUUGGGAUCACCACGACGUUAUUGACCUUCUCGUUCGUGGAGGAUCGCACCUCUCGUUACCCCCAGAGACCCUUGCUGAAUCCAUGAAUUCGGCAGCACGCAAAGGGGAUAUUCGACGGCUGGAGAGCUAUCGUCGUGCUGGAGCCAAUCUUGCUGACAAGGAUACAGCAGGUAGGACAGCAGCACACGCAGCUGCCGAAUGCCGCCAGAUUGAGGUUAUGGCUUACCUUCUCGAAUAUGGCUUCUACACUGAAGCAACAGACGUGUACGGUCAUACCGCUAAGGACAUUGCUAGUAUUCUUGGACAUCAAGACCUUGUGACGCUGAUCGAAGAAAACCGCCGACCCUCCAAUGAUGAUGAUGAACGUAGUAGUUUACAGGGAAGCGACGCAGGGAGUGACCGACUGUCAACGAGUGCGACCGUGGAAACGUGUCGUCUCAGCGAUUCAACUACAUUGCACUUGCCGAGGCAGUCGCCUAGUCCAAGACCCCACUCGCCGCUUCGAUCUUCGCGAGAAAGUCUUCCUGGGUCAACGGCGGACAGCCUGACAGGGUACUUCUCUGCAUCACCUCCAAUGCGUUCUGACACCAUCUCCAACGUACUAUCGUCCAGCACAAUGCGUCGGCAGCAGCUUGGGUUCGCUACAGAUAAUACCUCUUCUUUUUCAAGUUUGAUGAUGCAAUCGCCCGCACGACGGAACGGUCAUAUUCUGCUUAAUGGAUUCGCCGUAUGAAAUCACUUAUUGGUAUUCAUAAUUGUAUUGUAGAGGUUCGUCGUGAGUAAUUAGAUGGUUUAAUAACGUGUCAGGAAAAUGUAACGCUUUUGUUGAGCCACCGUAUAUUGCAUAUACUUAAUACAGUGUUGGAUUUGCUCAGUUUUCAUUAUCUACGUGAAGGACGUAAACGAGCACUAUAUGGAACUUAUUAUUAUAAUAAAGACAUUUUUACGUUUCAAUUAAUUUGUGGAAGGUCUGACAGCUAUCUGUUGUGAAAUAUUAAUUAGCUUCUUGAAAAGCAUAAAAUGAAAUGGCCAAUGAAUGUACUGUAACAGUGUGAUCAGUAUAUGGCCAGAUAGAGCAGCCGAAACUUCAGUUGUGGCCAUGCCUGUUUCUAUGCAGAUAGGAGGAAUGGCGUAUCUGCGCUAGUCAAUCCCAAGCCCAGAUUCAACUUGAAGCUUGUAACAUUACGAUCAUGGUGAAGUCAAACAUCCGGGAGAUGAGGAAAAGUUAACUGCGCCAUAUAUAUAUAUCGAGUGUUCCAUGCUACGCAAGUACGCAUAACAAGUAACCAUGUUCCAUAUGUUCGCGUUCGUAACAUACACACAUGUGGUACACGCCCAAUUAAGUACAGCGAAAUCAAUCCUCCCACGCAACUCCAUGAGUAAUACUGCAUGUAAAAAGUGCAAUUGUGUUCGAGACUAUGAUACUCUCUCUUAUAACAGUUGAUUAGGGUAUCCGCCAUAAAAAUACUUGUAAUACUCAGUUUUAAUUGCUAUUUAAACGCAAUUUAGUAGUAGUAAUUUAUCGUCUUUAGUUUCCUAAAAUCAGGAUAUUAGCACAAAGUGUUCCGAGACGUUUUACCGAAGUUCUAAUAGGAACAUGUGUAUAUAUGAUACAUAACGAGUACUUAUAUAUAUGGAGAAACUUAUAUUAUUAUAAUUU